AUGGUGACGACCUUCAAGAUUGCGGUACUUGGGGCCCAAGGAGUGGGAAAAAGUGCCAUUGUGCGUCAGUUCAUGUACAACGAGUUCAGCGAGACCUCUGUUCCAACCAAGACUCGACGUGUCUUCCUACCAGCUGUUGUCAUGAAUGGCCAUGUCCACGAACUUCAGAUCAUGGACUUUCCUCCCAUAUCUUCCUACCCUGUCAACACCCUACAAGAGUGGGCAGAUUCAUGCUGUCGGGGGCUCAGAAGUGCACAUGCUUACAUCCUCGUCUAUGACAUCUGCUGCUUUGAUAGCUUUGAAUAUAUCAAGACCCUGAGGCAACAAAUACUGGAAACACAAGUGAUUGGCACAUCUGAAACUCCUAUCAUCAUAGUUGGCAACAAACGUGACCUGCAGCGAGGCCGUGUUAUCCCACGAUGGAACGUGUCGCAUUUGGUCAAGAAGACUUGGAAAUGUGGCUACAUUGAAUGCUCAGCCAAGUAUAACUGGCACAUAUUACUACUUUUCAGUGAACUGCUUAAAAGUGUAGGCUGUGCUAGAUGCAAGCAUGUACAUGCUGCAAUACGCUUCCAAGGAGCACUGCGCCGCAACCGCUGUUCAAUCAUGUGA